GCAGGCGGACAGGUGGUCACAGGUAAACAUUCCAGCAAGAAGCAGAGCUGCAAGACACAGAAACCAGCUAGCGCAACAUCAACGUCAACAUCAACAUCAACAUCAACAUCAACCAUGAAGAAGCGGGCACCAAUUGCGAAGAAGAAGAAAGUGGCGAAACAGGAUAUAUCCUCGUCGAUUUUGAUGGACGAGUCAUUGAUGGAGAAGGCCAAAGUUAAUAUAGAUGAACUGCAGGAUGACUAUUUGACCAACGUCAGUGAACAUACAUAUGGCGCCCCAAGGCUUGAGUCCUCAUCUCUACCAGCAGCAAGAGCUCCAAAACAAGUACUUGCACCAAAACUAAGACAGAACACGGUGGGAGGCCUGACUACAGGUUUCAAGACCAUCAAGGCAUCAGACUUCGCUACCAUUUCUGAGGUGGCGGCAAGUAUAAAAGUCCAAUCAAUCCUGGAUGUCACUGGCAUUCCAACUGUGACUGACGCCACCCUCUCCGUCCUCGUCAACACCAUGUCGGCAGCUGCGUCAAAGAACAUCGUGGGCGUCAGACUGACAGGCUGCCAUCUAGUGACUAAUAGAGGAAUUGCCCUCAUGUCAAGAUCAUUUGAAAAUUUACAAGAGAUGGACAUGACUGGUUGCCAGCGCGUGACAGAGGCAGUGUUCGGCCCCCUUAUACACAACUGUAAGCAUAUAUCCCGCUUGACGAUAGCUGGAACCGGUAUACGGGUAGUUCCCCCACGAUACAUCGGUUACAUCAAGGAAACGGUGCAGGGCUGCCCUCUGGUGUCACCAACUGAAGCAACUCUUCAGGCCAAACUUGACGGGAAAUCUAGCAAAGACAUUCCCCAGCGACGGAAUGACUCGAUGAAGGUUGUGAUUGUCAGGCGGAAUGGCAUCACUACGAAUCUGCUGCAGAGCCUACGGAAAGAAUCGCAGAGCCGGCAGGCUAUCACAGUCGACACCGCCUACAAGAUCGGCUCAACGGCCUACCCGAUCAUUGAAUGCCAGGAGGGCUUUCUGGACCUGUACGUGACCCCCCGGACCGUGUAUGUCAUCACCACCAACGUGAGUGAUGACAAGAAACUAGCGGAUGAAGCUGCCAGCAUUGCUGCCGUCAUCUGUCAGGUCGCCUCCAGAGUUGGGGGAGAAUGUGGCUUCAUCGUGGCAGGACUGGACAGUGACAAGGUCAAGGCCGUGCCAGGGAACAUUCUGAAGAACAAGGUCAUGACCACAAUUGGCACCAUUGUCGAGGAACUCAAGGCCAGCACAAAGGCAUACAAACCCACGAAACUUGGCUUGGAUGGUGAUGAAGAGUACCAGGGGUCGGAGGUCCAUGGCUGUGGCAUGUACUUGAUGGACAGCCUUAACACAGACAUCCAGAUCGCCACGGUCACAGUCAAGCAAACAUCCACGGGACUGUCGGAUGCUGAUAGGAAUGUGUUCAACAAGAAUCUGCUGACCAGUGCGGAGAAGCUGGAUGGACGGUGCGAAGAGUACCAGAACUUAGUGGACUCUCCAGAUAUAAAGGAGCUUUUGUCAGCCAAGAUGGCCACCUUGUUGACGGGAGGGCUCCAUGACAUGCCUACAGCAGGGACACUGCUGAAAGGGCUGGCUGUGUUGAAGGGCAAUCCCCAUCUUGUGGCAGCAUGUCUGGGACUGCUCAAUAUCCUGGGAAAAGUUUGUGUUCUAGAAUUAGAAGGAAAUGUAUAUGCUGCGUCGGUGGAGUGGAUUGCCAGUGUGAUAAAUGCUGCGGCUGCUCUACCACCAGGUGGCAGCACAAACAAUGGCAAAAUAGUCAGUAUCGCGGACAAGACUCCUGUCUGGACAAAUGAAGAAUUUCAGAAGAUGUUGAAAGAGAAGCUUAAACUCAAUGAAAACAAGACUGCUGAGCUGACAUCACCCUUUAAGAAUCUGGGCGUGGUCUUCACUCCCCGAGGCGUCAUCAAUCUGGGUAACCUUGACCUUCAGCCACCUGUACCAAUGACUCACUUUCAUCAGAAGAGCCAUGAAGCCCACAGCUUGAUGGUGUCAUGUCUGUACUCGUUCCCCCAUCAGCUCUCCACAGCUUUGUUUCACUUGGUGCUGGCGGCAGUGCUCAAGCUCCACACACCGGUGAUGCUGUGGAGUCAUGGAGUAGUUCUUCACGAUGGCGUGGCAGAAGUGACAGUCAAGAAAGAUGGGAACUCUAUCUUGCUACGUGUGGACUGCGUGAAGGGGCACAACGAAUCUGCAUCGCUACAGGUCCUCUGGUUUACCUUCCAACAGUAUCACCUGGUGACCACCUACAUCUUGGCCAAGAACAAUCUCUCCUACCAGGCUGCUGUUACUGCAGAUAAAGAAAGCCCAAGCAAGUCCAGCACAGUGCUGUAUGGCCAUAAGUUCCCCUCCAUGGAGAAGACUUUGGGAGGCAAGACGCUGUGUGAGCACUGUGGACUGACCAGUACCGCAGCACAACUGUCCAAGACAGCACAAGAUAGCCUUCAGCCAAGUUUCCUCACAGAAAAUAAUUUGAAGCUUGUCAAGGGUAAAAUGGAAGGAUCAGUUGUUGUCCUUGAACAAGGGGGAGUGGCUCAAAUGAGAUCACCUCUGACGCUGAGUGAAAACUCCAGCCUGACCUUCACCUUCUUGUCCUCUGACAACAGCAACGUCAAACUGAAGUUUGUCUCUCCAAAGGAUGAAGAAGCUGCGAUCUUUGACCUUGCUAAUGGUGAGGGUUUUGCAAUGGAUAAUGGCAAGAGAAAUAACUUCAAGUUGAAGAGCGCUGUUAAAACAACAGGAGUUCCGGUGACCUUCACUCUUGCUGCAGAUACAGAAGACAAAAUGAUGGUCAAGUUCAAAGUUGGCCAUGGAAAUGUAGAGCGAAUAGCAGUACCAAUCAUGCCACUGAGACUGUGGGUUGAUGGCAUGUGUUCUUUUACCUUGAAUGGAUACAGUUUCAUGCAAGCUAACCUGGAGGUGAAGACAGGCAUGAGGCUAGAAGCCCUGGACUUGCUGAACCCUUCACUUGUAUGUGUGGCAACUGUUGCGGAAAUUGCAGAAGAUGGUCAAUUGCUAAUCCAUUUUGAUGGCUGGACAUCCAAGUACGAUUAUUGGACACAACCAGAUGUGAAGAAUCUUCACCCACUUGGGUACAUGGCGGCCGUCGGACGCAGCAACAAGCAGUACUCCCCGAAACUGCAGGCUCCUAAAAACUAUGGCCGCCAGUUCGACUGGGCACAGUACCUACAGGAAGAGGACACAGAUCCUGUUCCCUGGGAUUUCUUCUCUGAUAUACAGAAAGAAGGCACGCCCCCAGACGAGACGUUGAGAUGUCUCAACAUGGCCCCCACGCAGACAACAUCUAGCGGGCCAAGGCAUCUCCGCUGCCAGAGUAUGAAAAACAGAGGCUCAGUCAUCGAGCAGGAUGUGAGGACAACGCUGAGGGACCCCCCACCGGACCUGCGGGAGGAUCUGAGUGAGUUCCUGACUCGCAAUCAGCGUCUCUUCUGUGUCCUGCCCAAGUCUCUCAACAUCAACUUUAUCCGCUACCCAUCGCUGUCGGCCAUUGCCAACCACAUGCAGCAGAACAUCCACUUCCUGUGUCACCCGGACAAGUUUGAUGUGCACAUGGUGGACCACCCUGGAAUUGCCUUCCCCACUCUGGCCGGCUAUGCAGAGAUGGAGACAGUGCUGAUACUCACCUACCUGGCCUUGCUGCUGCAGGAGCACACACUGCCAGGAAAGCUGACAACGAUGUUCCCGGAGGCAGACAAGAUUGACCAGGACCAAGAGAAGAUGGAGAUCGCCUUCACCCGGCUGAUGCGGCUGUAUUUCAAAAUGCUGUGGUUUCUCAGCGGGAGACACAUCCUCAAGCAGUCCAAAAAGUUACAGCGGAUAAAGGCUUUCACUGGAGAUCGUUUGAUUCUGGAGUCUAACGAAGCUAUUGCUGUGAACACACUUCUAACGACUGCCCGGACGAUGGACUCUUUCAACACUGUUGUCAGCGGUCAGGGCAACCCAGAACAUGUACAGUGCAAACCCCAUGAGCUGGCCAUGGCGCCUUUAUCCGAAGUUUCCCAUAUUGACCUGGACUCAUUUGACAACUAUCACCAUCUUAUCUUCAGACUCGAUCUACGAAACAACCAACUCAAGGAGCUGCCCGAGGAUCUGUUCACAAGGUUCUUCAAUCUCACUCACCUCAACUUGGCUCGGAACCAGUUAAUGACCUUGCCCUUGUUUGCCAAAUGUGAUCAGUUGACAUCGAUUGAUGUAAGCUACAACAAACUAGCUGCAUUACCUGCUGACUUAUCUCAGGUCAAGGACAAACUCGUCUUCUUGAACAUAUCCCACAAUCCCCUGUACACACUUCCUGCGGUGGUUCAGCUGUGUAAGAAUCUCGUGGAACUCCAUGCCGACAACGUUGGUAAAGUGCCGAGUAUGGAAGCAAUAUGUACCAUUAUGCCUGCAUUGGAGAAGCUGUCCUUGAACUACAAUGUCAUUGAAAAGUUGCCGUCUGCUUUACCGUCACAGCUGAAAGUGCUAGGUUUGGCUGGAAUACCAAUCAUUGAACCGCUGGCGUCAUCCAAAGCAACGUACACCUACACUUCCUUUGAAACAUUUGUCAGUGAGAACACAUUCCUGUCAAAAAUGUCUGAACAGGAGAGGAAGAGUCUGUUUCAGUCUGCUGACCCAGGGAAGACAGGGUCGCUGACCCGUGAUGGGGUCGUCCAGAUCAACAAUAAGAUGAUGUCCAAUGAAGCCUACCUCCGAUUCGGACAAAGGACAGACACACAACAGAAGGACAAAAAGAAUGGACCACUGCCAAACUUCCUGCUGUCGUGUAAGACUUUGGAGAGCCUGGAUGUGUCCAACAACUGCCUCACCAUUAUUGAGGAUUCCAUAUCUGAUCUCACCAAGCUGGAGUCUCUUAACCUCACCAACAACCUCUCCCUGGCAUCUGUGUCCGCAGAAAUAACUGUCACGCCACUUAAAGAGUUGCACCUGAAGAACUGUCCUGCGUUGAAAACCCCUCCGAAAGAGGUUGUUGGAAGAGGGUUCAAGGCCAUUUUUGGCUACCUACGACGACUGAGAAUGGGAUCCGUGGACUGCAAGCGAACGAAGCUGAUGUUUGUUGGACUCGGAGGAGCUGGCAAAACCAGCCUGGUUCGAGUACUGACGGAUGGCAGCGACGCCUACUACACCGACUACAGUGAACAAAUCACCGACGGUAUCGACAUCACCCGUUGGGACGUCCCUGUGGAGGGAUCCAAGGAGCCCAUCUCCUACAGCACCUGGGACUUUGCCGGACAGACAGUGUACUACAACACACAUCAGUUUUUCCUGUCCAAUCGUGCAGUCUACUUUCUCCUAUGGAACAUCAGACUGGGAUACGAACAUGCCGGCCUUGACUUCUGGCUCAGCUCCAUUGCAUGCCACGCCCCUAAAGCUCCUAUACUGGUGGUCGGGACACACUGUGAUAAGGUGGAGAAGCCGAGAAUGCCGACAGACGACCUGCAGCGGCGCUACCCACAGAUCACAGGCUUCUACACAGUGAGCUCCUACACAGGGGACGGCAUCGAGCAGCUGAAGGCCGACCUCAUCAAGGUCACCCUGGAGCAGAAGUACAUGGGGGAGAAGAUCCCGGAGGCCUGGCUUAACCUCGAGAAAGUCCUCAUCAAGGCCCGGAACCUGGACCUGAUGCCGUGGAAGGAUGUACAGAAAAGUGCAGAAGGAUGUGGCAUAGUUGACGACGUUGAACUCACUCAGUCCAUCCAGUUCCUGCAUGAUCUUGGGUCAGUGCAGUUCUUCAACACUCCCUUCCUCAAGUCCUACGUGGUGGUCAGACCACAGUGGAUUGUUGACGUCAUGGCCUGUGUGGUCACUGUGCAUGAAGGGCCUGUGCAGAACGGUCGCCUGAAACACUCUGAGAUGUCAGACAUUUGGAGUAAGUACUCAGAAGAGCUUCAUCCAUGGCUGCUGAGACUCACUGAGGAGUUUGACCUGACAUGUCCCCUGAAGGAUGAGGACACCAACAUUGUGCCUUGUCUCCUGCCAACAGUAGAACCACAGUACAGUUGGCCUGCCCUGAAGACAGGGUAUCGGGAGACCAAGAUGAUGUACACCUACGACUACCUGCCCGCCGGACUCUUCAACAGGGCACAGGUUCGUCUGCAUCAGUUGACAGAUGGGUCAGUCAUGUGGAAGAAGGGCUCACUGCUCAACAAGAACCAGCACACGGCCUUGCUCCUACAGAUCAGUGCUACUGACGUGCUGGUCAAGGUGCAGGGAUACAAACCAGAGAAUAUCCUGUUCCUGGUCCAUGAGGUGUUCGAGUGCCUUAUUUCCGAGUCCUAUAGCGGUGUGCAAUACGACUACUUCGUGCCCUGUAUGGACUGCCAAUCAGAGCACAUUGUGGACCCUUGCAUGUUUCCUGCGUCGAAGGUGUUGCGUGCAGCAGAGAUGAAGGCGCCGUUCCUGCAGUGUGACAAGUCUUUCCACAUCAUGUCCAUUCCUGAACUGCAAGCUAUAAUGCCACCCGAUCGGAACAGCGACUUUGACGACCACCUGGGCCGGACGGUUCGGGAGCUGAGGGACCUGGAGGACACCUCCAUCAGCAUCUUCUUCUGCUACUCCAAGAAGAACAUCCCGUCUCUGGACAUGGAACAUAAGCGGGUCCACCCAGGCAGCAUCAUAGAGGGACUUCGCGCCGGGGGAAACAAAGUAUCAUUCUGCGACACCCCAGAAACAACGGACAUGGAGACGCUCACUCUCUCCAUGAAGGCAGCACAGGUGGUGGUGGUUGGGAUGUCGGACGAGUUCAUCGAGACGGAGCAGUGCCGCAACCUGAUUGUGUACUGUCAGGAGACACUGAAGAAACCACUCCUCCUGGCGCUGGUCGGAGACAAGACUGGAUGGCAGAAGUCCGACCUCAACAUCUUGCUUGGGGAUCAUGUUUAUGUGAAGAUCUACGAGGCAAGUCGCUUCAGCAGCAAGAUCAAGGAACUGCAGGAGGCUGUCAAGGUGAAGGCUGGGCAUCUAAAGAAGAGACAGGACUUCCCAAAAUGCUUCAUCAGCUACUGCUGGUGCAACUCCAAGGAAGCUGUGGCCCUCGGGUCCCAGUCGAAAACAGGGGCACUGGGCUGGGGUGACCCCCGCAGGCUGAAGAAGUUCCUGGAGGGCAAGGGCAUUAAGUGCUGGUUGGACAUCGAGAGAAUGGGACAGGAGGGUUUCUUUGAGGACAUCGCUGAUGGCCUUCGCAAGUGCAAGGUCAUGAUUGCCUGUGUGUCUGAACAGUAUGCCGAGUCGAAGAAUUGCAGAAUGGAAUUCCGCUUUGCCAUCUCAACGCUGAAGAUUCCAGUUAUUCUUGUUGUUGUUGGAACCAGUUACAAAUGGGAGAGUACAGAGGUGGGCAUGAUCGCUGUUGGUCACGAGUGUCCCAAGGUCAACCUGCAAUAUGAGAACGAGGCAGGGCUGCUGGACGUGUUGAGUAUGGUACAGGAUCUCAUCCCCAAGGACGAAGAGGACCAGGCCCAGACCUCCGAUACCCAGCGCCAGACUUCAUUCCAGGAGGUUCUCGAGCUUGCGGAGAGGAAGUUCUUGCGUCAGUUGAUGACAUACACAGACUCUAUUGAAGGUGAAGGUUACCCCCACCUUGUGGUGGUGGACAUCAACGCCCCACCCCAGCUGACAGAUGAGGAGAAACAGGCUCUGGAGGGGAACACCAUCGGGGAUGAGGAGGAGUAUAAACGGGCAAUGGAGGAGAACAAAGACAAGGAGGAAGAGAAGCAGGAGGAGGCACUCAACAAGAUCUACAAGGAGAGAGAAAAGAAAACCCAAGAGGUUCUCAAACAGGCAGAGGCUAAACUGGCAGCAUCCAAGUACUGCUUCAGAUUGCUGUGCGAACACGAACAGGGGUGGCAUCCUGUUCCCGACACCAUCCCGUUCCCCAGCCUCGAUGUACCUGAUGACGACUACCUGAAGUCGGUUGCGCCGUACCUGGCCCGCCUCCAGUCCAUCCUGAAACACUCCAGCCUGGAGAUGAUGCUGUUGAACACUGCAGAGGGGGAGAGGCUGAGGACAAAGCUGGAUGAGUGGUGUGCCAGGACAGACAGCGUGUUCCAGGAGGAGUACAAGACACUGCUGCAGACAGUGAUGGACCAGGACAAAGACGGCGCCAAGUGUGGACUCUCAAGGUGUCACAUGGCCAAUGGGAAGACGCUGUGGCUGUGUUGUGAACACGAGCAGCUGGCCUACAGCUCCACCGCACUCCGGUACAAGGAACAGCUGGAGAAGAAGUCGGAGGAAGAUGUGGGAGAGGAGAUGAAACCAGGGGAGACAACUGAAGUUAAAAAAUCUCGACGUGACAGUAAUGAUGAUGAUGAUGACGACGAUGAGGAUGAUUCGGAUGAGGAUGAAGAGGCAAACCAGUUGAAGGAGAUGCAGGAGGCUAAACCUGAUCCAAUACCUGUCAAGAAAACCCUGAAGAGGCAGACCUCACAAGCGUGCAAUGUCAUGUGAUCUGGGUUAGCCAAUCAGAAAUCAUUUUAAAGUGAACACCCAGCAAUCCUGCAGUGUCAUGUGGUCUAUGCUUGCGGGUUUUGCCAGUGUGGUAAACUUCAAAGACCUGCAUCACUUUCAUUGAGCAUUUCAUCCUAUAUUAAACUGACUUACUCUGAAAUAACUGCCAUACUGUUCAAGUCAGUGUAAAACUGUUCACUUAUUCAUAUGCUACUCACAAGUUGUGUUUUUUUAAAGUUGGUCAUCCAGUAUUAAGAUGUCACAGACAAUGCAUCUAGGGUAUCCAGGGCCGGUCGGGUAGCCUAGUGGUUAAAGCGUUUGCUCGUCACUCCGAAGACCUGGGU